AUGCCUCCCACCGACAUCCCCACCUCUCUACCCCCCAUGAAAGACCUCACAACCGAAAACCUCACCGACAACGUACACCUAGUAAACAGCCAAUGCACUGAUCCCCGCCUCCGCUACCUCCUCGAACGCAUAGUCACCCACCUCCACACAUUCUGCCUCGAAACCCGCCUCAGCACCGAAGAAUGGAACACGGGAAUCCAAUUCCUCACGCAAAUCGGCCAGAUAAGCGACGACCUCCGGCACGAGAUGAUUCUCCUCUCCGACACACUCGGCGUCUCAUCCCUCGUCGACGCAAUCAAUCACCCACGCCAACCACCAGCCACAGAGGGGACAGUUCUCGGCCCCUUCCACACCCAUGAUGCAGAGGAUAUGGACCACGGUGCAGUAUUGCACAGCGACCCCGACGCAACCCGCCUCCUCGUCCUCUGCACAAUCAAAGACUCCGCCGGAAACCCGGUCCCGGACGUAAAGGUCGAUGUAUGGGAGGGUGACUCGAAGGGGUUCUACGAUGUGCAGAAUCCCGGGCGAACGGGGCCGGAUGGGCGUGGUGUGUUGAGGUCUGAUAAGAAGGGCGAGUUCUUCUUCCAAGCGAUUGUGCCCGUGCCGUAUCCGAUUCCCAUGGAUGGGCCUGUUGGGAGGAUGUUGAAGGCUCUUGGGAGGCAUCCGAAUCGGCCGGGGCAUGUGCAUUUUAUGCUUGAUAAGGAGGGGUUUGAUCUUUUAAUUACCGCGUUGUAUCCACGCGGUGACCCGUAUGAGACAUCGGAUCCCGUAUUCGGUGUCAAGGAAUCGCUCGUGGUCGAUCUGUCGACGGUCGAAGACGAAGAGAUGGCGACAAAGUACGGCGUCAAGCUCGGGACAAAGCUGCUGACGUACGACUUUGUGCUGCUGAGCGACCAGGAGGCGCGCGAGCUGCGAAAGAAGAACGCGAUCGAGGCGAUGCAGAAGCAGGGGCGCAAGGUUGUUUUCCACAAUGACUUGCCAAUUCCCGCGGAGAACAGCUGA